AUGAACAUGAGCUACAUUAAUGAGGAAAGAGGAAAGUGCAACACUUUGAGAUACAAACUUUUCUUUCAGAAAACUGAAGGAAAGUAUAUUUCUCCAUUUCAUGAUGUACCAAUGUAUGCAGACAAAGCACAGGAUUUCUUCAACAUGGUUGUUGAAGUACCAAGAUGGACAAAUGCCAAAAUGGAGAUUGCCACCAAGGAUGCACUAAACCCGAUAAAACAAGAUGUUAAGAAAGGCAAACUGCGAUAUGUUGCUAAUGUGUUUCCUCACAAAGGCUAUAUCUGGAACUAUGGAGCAAUCCCACAGACAUGGGAAGACCCAAGACACACUGAUACAGAAACCGGUUGUUGUGGUGACAAUGAUCCAAUUGAUGUGUGUGAAAUCGGCAACAAGGUUUGCUCCACAGGAGAGGUUGUUAAAGUUAAGGUUUUAGGUACUUUGGCUCUGAUUGAUGGAGAAACUGACUGGAAAGUCAUCACAAUCAAUGUUGAAGACCCAGAAGCAAAUGCUUUUAACAGUAUUGGUGAUGUUAGAUGGCUGAAGCCAGGUUACCUGGAAGCCACAGUAGACUGGUUCCGAAGGUACAAAGUACCAGAUGGUAAACCAGAAAAACGGUUUGCCUUCAAUGGAGAGUUUAAAGAUAAGGACUUUGCCAUCAAUAUUAUAAAGAGCACCAAUGAUUAUUGGAAGGCUCUUGUGUCUAAAAAAAGUGAUGGGGAACUUGACUGCACAAACACGUGUGUCUCUCUCAGUCCUUUCAUGUGCACUAAAGAAGCUGCACAAGUAUUUGUUGAUGCGGUAGGUCUAUCAUCUCAAGUUUUUAUAUGCAGGGGAUGAA